AUGGCCGAAGUUCUCAUGAAAUUCCUCGCGAAUGUCAACCAAUCUCGUACCCAGGGUAUGAGCAGGGCAUGCCGUUCUCUUCAGAUCGAGGUCCUGCCGACGGAUAUCGACCCCUUCCACGAGUGUAGAGAUUUGCUGCCUGCGCUGAUCUUGUCGGCCAAAAGAAAUCUUCCCCGUGUCACUACCUUGUCCCUCGCUCUACAUGGACUCUCGAAGCUAGAGAUGACCUCCCUUUUCCGAAUGGUCAAAGAGACUCCAAGUUGGGACUCGGUGACAAUCCUUAAGUCAGACUUGCGCCCCCCUUCCGUUCUAUCGAAUCUUCUGAGACACUCAAUGGUCAACGUGAGAACUAUAGACGUUAUACCCAGUAUGGGCCGUCACGAAGUAGCCUCGAUCAAGGAGAGUUGCCCGGAUGUUCAAAAACUCCGGGUCAACUUCAAAUACCCGUUAAAUGAUUUCCUUAAGCACCUCAGGGGAGGUUUAAGGGUGAAGAUCAAUCAGCUGGAUAACCUCUCCCAGCUGGUUAUUCAAGAGAAGGGGCCGGCAGAGCCAUACCCGAUCGGCGGGAUGCAUCAUCCCCGGGACAUCUCACACCGCCUCUCCCUAAUUGCCGACCAGCUGGGAGCAAUGACAAACCUGCGACAGAUCUCGCUGGAGAUCCAUCCACGGGUGAUGACGUGGAUCCUACCAACGAACCGCCUAAUUCCUGGACACCAACUGCGCACAGAUCUUGACACGUUUGUCAUGAGGGCGAUAGUGGCGAUGGGAACUACACUCCCACACUUGGAGGAGAUAUGCUUGGUGGAGCGCAGCGCCGAAUUCAAUGGCAUCAACUUGAUCCACCGUGGUGUUCGCGACUCUAACGGUGCGAUGGCUGUCACGAUCGAGGCACCCGGUGAUGAAAACGACUUCCCCCUAAACGUCUCACGAUAA